AUGGCUCCCCAUAAACCAAAACCCCAGAUUCCACUAGAUCACACCGGUCCGAUGGAAGUUGUCUGCCUCGGUCUACCUCGUUGUGCGACCUCGACACUCAAAUUGAUCCUCGAAGAAACCCUCGCCAUAGGCCCCUGCAUGCACAUGUCGCGCUGUCUCCUCGCCCCGGAGAAGAUGGCGCUUGUCGAACGCGCUCUUCGCGAGCUUGACCAAACUAAACGACGCGCUCUCCUCAACGAGCUUUUUAAAGGAUGUGCCGCAACCGCCGAUUUCCCCGGACAUCUCUUUGUGGAAGACCUGGUUGUAAUGUACCCAAAUGCCAAGUUUGUGCUCAACAUUAGGGGCAGUGGUGCCAAGUCAUGGAGCGAGAGUAUGCAGGAGGCAAUCGCGCCGUUCCUAAGUCUCAAGUACCGAGUUGCGUGUUGGUGGAGCCUCGCGGAUUGGCAGCACUACCAGGCUGAGGUGGCUUGGGAUGAGUUCGUCAAGCGGAAGCUGGGAGGAAAGAGUUUCUGUCACGAGGAGGUGUAUCGGCUGCAUAACGAUUGGGUCCGACGGACAGUGAAAGAGUCCGGAAAACGGUUGUUGGAGUGGGAGCCCGGAAUGGGUUAUGAACCGCUUUGUGAGUUCAUUGGCAAGGAGGUGCCAGAUGGCGAGAUUCCGAAGACUAAUGAAAGGGGUCAAAUGAAGCGAGUGUUGGCAUGGAGGAUAAAAAUAGGGCUGAAGCUGUGGUUGAGAAAUGUUAUGUUGCCGACAGCACUCAUCAGUGGUAUCGCCGUGGCAUACACAAUCUCUUGA